AUGUUGCCUGACGAGUGGGACGGCCGAACCGGGAAGGACGUGCACGUCGUGAUAAAGCGGAAGGCGGUGGACACGCGUGCCAUGUACGGCCUCUUCAAGACUAAGCCCGGGGUACCGCUGUGCAGCAAGUGCCACACACCCUUCAACUACUCCUGGAGAAACGGGGGCGGCUCUGACAAGUUGAUGCAGCAGCGACAGCAAAGGCUUCUGGACGCGGCCCUGUCCCGGCCCACAAGCGCUGCAAGCACGGCGGUGGCGGCAGGAUCUGCAACAGAUCCGGCGCUAUCCGCGGCGGCGGACGGGCUCAUGAACGCAGAAAACGGAGGCGUUGCCGCCGCCGCCGUCCAUCGAAGGGUGUUGGCAAAGGCGGCAAGAUUCAUCCGUGGCAUUUAUUCACAAUGUAGACGAAGGCGUGCUGCGUCAAGUAAGACUUUCGACGGUCGGGGCGGCGCCGACGCGGUGGAAGAACCGGAGCUCUGGUACGGGAGGGAGUUCAGGCGGCAGCUCAUGACCUACUUCAAGCCGGAGCUCUCCCGACCAGCCGCCAGCGGGGGGCGGUACCCGGUCGGGGCCAGGGUGGCCUGCUUCGCCGGGAAGGACGCCUGGUACCCCGGCGCCGUCGCGGCCUCGCGGGAGAACAACACGUACGACGUGCGCUACGACAACGGGGACAUCGCCCAGCACGUGUUCUCGCACAUGAUCCGCUUCGAACCUGUCCACGCCGACUCGCGCCUCACCUGCUGCUACUAUGGCCUGGCCCUCGCCGCCGCUGCGGCCUGGCCGCUCGCGGGCUCGUGGUACUUCUCUUCGACUUCCGCUGCCACCGACGCCGCCACCUCCGCCGCCGCUUUGGUGGCCUUGCCGGCACUGGUCGUGGGCACGGCCGGGACCCUUGCCGUAGCUUUUCAGAUCUGGGAGAUCUACGCGGAUAACAGGAGCACGGGCUUGUGUGUCGCGACCAAGUUCGCGGUGAUUUUUGCGCUGCCUUCGAUGUCGCUCACUCUGGUAGGCGGCCUAGCGGUCGUGAAGGCUUUGGGACCGGCAUCUGCAGGAUCGUGGGUGGAGAUGCUGCUGCUGCCGUCGAUGCUCUUCAGCCUCACCGGAGGCGGCUACGCCCACGCGGUGUCCCCGGCGUACGGCAAGGCCUGGGCCAUGGCUUCCUCGCUGUGGCUGCUGUUUCUCCUCCUCGUGGCGCUGCGUCUGGACGGGGAGCGGGGGGAUGCCCGCCCCGCUUUUGGCAAGAUGAGGUGGCUCGGGGUGUACUUCCCGCUCUGGGUGUUCCUGUUGAUGCUGAUAGCGGCCCACGAGGCGCUGCCGUACGUGUGGGACAUCGACGUGUUUCAAUUACCCGCGAGGCCGCCGCCGCCGCCGUUGGGGGGAGAAGGAGGCGGUAACAACGCGGGAGGUGGGGGGCGCGUCAGGGGGGUCUUGUCGCGGCUGGCGGGGAGAUUGACGGGGCCAAUCGCGGCGAGGAGGGAGAGGUCACGAGAGCGCACGGCGGCUGCCGCUGCUGCCCCUGAUACGGCUGAUGCGACUCAUGAUGCUGGUGCCGGUGGCACUGGUGCUGGUGACCGUGCUGUGGGCGAUGAGGCUGCUCCCGAUGCGUUGUAG